GUCGUAUACGCCGCUUGGCUUAUGGAGCCUGCGGGUCAAGGACAUGAUCGAGAAGCUAGAGGCCGAGGCUGACGCCGCCGCGACCGAGAAGGCCUACUGCGACGAGCAAAUUGCCAAGACCGAAGCGAAGAAGUCGGAGCUCGAGGAUGACAUCGCCAGGCUGACUUCCAAGAUCGACACCAAGAGCGCGAACUCGGCCAAGCUCAAGGAGGAGGUGAAGACGCUGCAGACGGAGCUGGCCUCGCUUGCAAAGGAGCAGGCAGAGAUGGAUCAGAUCCGCUCUGACCAGCACGCAGGCUACCUCCAGGCCAAAUCCGACCUCGAGCUUGGCCUCGAGGGCGUGGGUAAGGCGCUCUCGAUCCUCCGCAAGUACUACCAGGGCGAUGGUGCCGCCAUGCUCCAGAGCCAGCAGCCAGCGAAGCCGGUGUUCCACAGCAAGGCCGCAGGCGCAGGCGGCAGUAUAAUCGACAUCCUGGAGGUCGUGGAGUCAGACUUCGCGAAGAACCUUGCCGACGAGGAGGCCACGGAGGCGGACGCGCUGUCGUCGUACGACGCCAGGACGCAGGAGAUCAAGGUGUCCGCGGCCACGAAGAGCCAGGACGUGACAUACAAGGUGCAAGAGUUCAAGGGCUUGGACAAGGACGUCGACGAGCUAUCCGCCGACCGCGCGUCCACCAACGCGGAGCUGUCGUCGGUGCUGGAGUAUUUCUCCAAGGUGAACGAGCGCUGCAUUGCCAAGCCAGAGACGUACGAGGAGCGCAAGGCCCGUCGCGAGUCCGAGAUAAAGGGCCUGAAGGAAGCCCUGGCGAUCCUGAGCGACGAGACGGCCGCGUCGCUCCUGCAGGCGCGCAAGCGCCGCGCCCUGCGCCAGGGGGCCCUGGCCGCGUGAGGCGGCCCGCCCGUGCGCCCGCGAGCGGCCGAACGGCUGCGCAGCCAGUUCGAGCCCCGCCCGCCCGCCUCGCGAAGAGAGGGGGGCCCACGCUGCGCGCCCGUGGCCCCCCCCGGGCCGCUCCUGGCCGAGCUCGGGGCCUCUCCCCGGGGCCGCCCCAGGUCGGGGUCCAGGGGGGCACCUCUCGGCGCUCGGGCGUCCCUGCUGCUGCUGCUGCUGCUGCUGCUGCUGCUGCUGCUGCU